GUAUCAGCGGCAGAGUGUAUGAGAGAGAAUAUCAGUGUCACCGUGUCUGUGAGAGAAAGAGGGAGGGAGGGAGAGAGAGAAUAAGUGGAAGCUCUUUUUUGUUGUGGAAAAUUUAACAACUGUACUGGUUACAAGCAAUUGCACCGACCUACUGUAGAGGAUCUCAUGGGAAGAAGCUGGAAGGACAGAAUGCCAUGUGAUUUUCUGUUGGGGAGAUGACUGCUUGCUCCAGCAGCCCAGCCUAAACCACAGGUGUUCUGCCUGCUUGAAAGGGGACUUUAUUUCAUGUGAUUUCUUUCUUUCAUUUUGCAAUUGAAUUUUUUUUUUUUUUAAAGGAAAGAAAAAGAAAAAACCUAAAAGAGAGUUUCUGGGAAGUAUAAUAUUAUAUCCGGAGAGAUCUGCGGAGGAAGAAGAGAAGAGAAGAAACGAGGGAUGAGGAGUGUCAGAGGUGUUCUGCUUUACUGGCUAAAAUGGAAGGAAUGGUUUUUCCCAUAGGUGUGUGAACGGAAUCAGCACGCUGCACACCGUGAACAUGCUGCAGUUCGGCUAGCUGUGAAGACGAGGGACGAUUCUUAACCUCAAUUCUAGAGUGGAGCUCCUUUCAAGCUCUCACAAUGUUUCUGUCAUCAACUGCUGUUGUGUUCCUUGGUCGACCUGUUCGAUAUCUGUUGCUCAGCUUGUUGGAAGGCUGCGCAGAUACCGCCUUGCACAAGGGUCCCGGCCGCAAGCGUAUCCCCAGCACAGCGAGCGGCUCCUUCCGUCACCGUCCAUGGGCUCAUCGGCGCCCCCUGGGAGCUCAAUGCCGCACGACGCCCUGGCCCCCAGCCGCCCGGGCCCCUGCGAGUGAUGAGCGUGGGCGGGGUCGGCCGCUACAGCGUCGUCUCGUCGGAGGAAGGGGGCCCGCGCGUCACCACCAUGCCCGGGGUCAACGGCUUCGGCAACGGCAAGAUCCACACCCGGCAGAAGUGCCGCAACCGCUUCGUCCGGAAGAACGGCCAGUGCAAUGUCCACUUCUCCCACAUGGACGACAAGUCCCAGCGCUACCUCUCGGACAUGUUCACCACCUGCGUGGACAUCCGCUGGCGCUACAUGUUCAUCAUCUUCACGCUGGCCUUCAUCGCGUCCUGGUUGGCCUUUGGCCUGGCCUUCUGGCUCAUCGCCCUGGUCCACGGGGACCUGGACAGGCCCGGCGGGGACGAGAACUUCACGCCCUGCGUGAUGCAGGUCAACGGCUUUGUGGCGGCCUUUCUCUUCUCCAUCGAGACGCAGACCACCAUCGGGUACGGCUUCCGCUGCGUCACGGAGGAGUGCCCGCUGGCCGUGUUCAUGGUGGUCUUCCAGUCCAUUGUGGGCUGCAUCAUCGACUCCUUCAUGAUCGGCGCCAUCAUGGCCAAGAUGGCGCGGCCCAAGAAGCGGGCGCAGACCCUGCUCUUCAGCCACAACGCCGUCAUCGCCAUGCGCGACGGGAAACUGUGCCUCAUGUGGCGGGUCGGAAACCUCCGGAAGAGCCACAUCGUGGAGGCCCACGUCCGGGCGCAGCUGAUCAAGGCCCGGAUCACCGAGGAAGGCGAGUACAUACCGCUCGACCAAAUAGACAUUAACGUCGGCUACGACAAGGGCAUCGACCGCAUCUUCCUGGUUUCGCCCAUCACCAUCCUCCACGAGAUCGACGACGAGAGCCCCCUGUUCGGCAUCAGCAAGCAGGACCUGGAAACGUCCGACUUCGAGAUCGUGGUCAUCUUGGAGGGGAUGGUAGAGGCCACGGCGAUGACCACGCAGGCGCGCAGCUCGUACCUGUCCAGCGAGAUCCUGUGGGGCUACAGGUUCGAGCCGGUCCUCUUCGAAGAGAGGAGCCAGUACAAAGUGGACUACGCCCACUUUCACAAGACCUUCGAGGUGCCCUCCACCCCUCGCUGCAGUGCCAAGGACUUGGUGGAGAACAAGUUCCUGGUCCCCAGCGCCAACUCCUUCUGCUACGAAAACGAACUCGCCUUCAUCAACAGGGACGAGGAGGAUGAGGAAGGUGGCGAGAGGGUCCGAGACGAAGGUGGCAACAGCCGGCCGGAGCUGGAGAGACUUCAGGUUACUCUACCUCUGGAUCAGAGGCCAUACCGGAGAGAAUCAGAAAUAUGACCCUGACGUCAGCCUCAUUAUUAGUCAUUUCUUGGUUUAUUUUGUUGUUUUAUCAUGAAUACAUACAGAACAAUGCAAGUGCCAUAUGAGAAUUAUGCCUGCUGCAAUAGAGUCAAGACAGGCAGUAUCUGGGGAGAAACUGAAGUAAGACUAGAAAACAAGGAUAUCAGAGAGAGAUAUUCAGAGAGAUAUCAAGAAUGGGCGACAAAGAAAAUGGUCAGAAAAAGACCCUUUUAUUUUUUCACAAGUCCAGCAGAAAGCUUUAUAUAAUACAAUGAACAAUGAUUUCAGAUAUUUAAAAAAAAGGGAGAAGGCUGUCUCAUAUUUAAUAUGUAAAUAGAUUUGCUUAGAUAAGUUGUUUUGUGUGGAGUAUUAUUUUAAAGAAAUCAAAUCAAUUUGUUAUUCAUACACAUGUUUGUAGUACACACAUGACUGUAGUAUUGGCGGUGGUAAGGUACACCAGUCUGCACAUACAGAAGUGCUGAAUAACCUAAAGCAUGGUGGUGGGUGGUGUAUUUGUACUGCAGCACUAAGCAGCUAGUGAACCAUAUAAAUCCAUAGCCACGUGUCACUGAGCACAACACUGUAGAAAAUGUCCCUUAAAGGUACAAUAGGUAAGAUUUUUGUAUUGAAACAUUGUUACAAGACCAUUGUAAAUCCCUUCCUAUAAUUGAAAAAGGCUCACUGACAUGUUGACUCACCCUCUGCCUGUAUUUUUAGUCCUAAUUCGGGUUUCAAAAUAUACAGUUGAUGGACUGACAGCUUGUACUAAAACAUUGUAUAGCUGUACAAUAAUUCAAGCUCACUGGUUGAAAAUUGGUUCUGAUUACCACAGCCCAAUGGUGUAUGAACAUCAGCGCAUUUACAGGGGUGGGAUAAACAGUGUUGUGGUUUGAUGGUGUUUGUUGCUGCAAUUCCUCUCUUGACUGUUGGAAGUCCGAAAUGACCUAUUGUACCUUUAAGUGGGGUUAAACAGCACAUUCAAACUAAGAUAGGAGCAUAUGAAUGCUAAAGGUUAUGGUCAGAAUUAUCAAAGAUGCAGCAAUGAAUAUCUAAUUUGCAAUACGAUUGCAGGUAUAUUUCUUCCCAUGCUUAUUGAUGCAGUUCAGCCCUCAGAGUGAAAAAUCUAUUCUCCGUGCAUUUGAUGACAAAUGAAUACAAAUCCAGCUCAUAUAAAUCAUGUACUCAAGUAGGAACCAGUAGGAAACAGACGCAAGAAUGCUGGAUGCACUUAAUGGUUUUUAAGAUUUGUUCAAAAGAACAUGAAACAGACUGGAAGAAACCUCUUAAACCUGGGUUUAAGCAAACAGUGCAGCCACUCUCAUCCAUGCUCACCCAAUUUAUCUCUUUGUGGGAUUUACUUCAUACUUGAACUGAAAAACAACAAGAAAGGCACCGGAAGAUGAUUUCAGUGAGUGAUGAGAAGCCAGGACUCACAGCCAAAGUGUUUUUUUUGUGACCGCUGGCUUUUAUUAAUUCUUAGAGUCAAUUUCAUUUAAAAUCAUAAGAGGAUUUAAAAUUUGCUUAACACAUUAGCCCUUUAAAUUAACAUAUACCUCAAGUCAAAACGUGAUGUUUUUUCAUGACCCCAUUUCAAUGAAUUCAAUUGUAUACAGUGAUAUAUGUCCAUUAAGUAUGUAUGAAUCAUAUAUCAAAGAGUACUUUGCUGUUCUGCCACUAAAAUGGCAGGAACGCAAGAAGACAAUCCAGUGCUGACACUGAUAGUAACUCAAUUCAUGACGUCUCUAUGCACAAUCACUAUGUGAUCAGGAAACAUAUGCUCUGUGUUGUAACAUAGAACUGCAUUAUAAAUCUACUGCUUGUUUGUUCACUAACUGCAGAAAAAAUAGCACCUGUAGCAGGACUUAAAUGGGAUCUUAAUCUGAAACAGGUCUGUUUUAAAUAGCCUGAAAUCACUUCAUUACAAAGGGACAAGUUAUGUUUCAUGCUCCACAACCAUAAUACAAUAACAGCCAUCAGAUUAGUGCAUAUCUAAAAUAAGGUACAAUGAAAUAUGUAGUGAAUAAUGUAAUUAUGUCAUAAGUACAGUAUGUAUAACACUGAGUUUGACCUCUUUAAAAGUAGAAAUAAAAUUCAAAUCGACUGGAAGAGCGAAAGAAAGAGUGCUAAUUGUAAAAUGACUCCUAUCCCGUUCAGAGAGAGUGAAUUAAGAAAUCCUUAAUGUCCAGUGGAAGACCUGGAUCAGAGGCCACCCUGCUAAGACGUAUCUUACAGAUACCCAUCGAUUAACCAAGGAUGCCAGAGGCUAGACUAGCUCAAAUGAAUACAGUAGCUCGAUAUCAAAGUUGUCUGGGAGAGUUUUGUAUUGGUUGCAAAAAAGGAACUUGAAUUCUGGACUUUAUUUAAAGGUUGAACCUGUAGGUUGGCUGCUUCUUUUGUUUGGGGAAAAUUUUUUUAUUUGUUUAUAGGUAGCCAUCGGUUUCCUUACAUUGGUGAUAUAAAAGCAAGUUGCAGAUUUUGACUGGAAUUAAUGCAUGGAUUUAGCAAUGUUCUUGAUAAUGUUACACCACCAUUAAUUGAUAAAAAGGCUUUGCCUUCAGGGGUUUAAUAUGAGAUGCAAAGAACAAAUAUCUGCAAGUAAGGACAAAAUCCACAUUCUGGUAUUUUAGUCUUAUAUUGAGAGAAAUCUUAUUUAACUUUUUUGCUAAAUAAGAUGAAAAUAUUGCCACUAAGGUAAGACAGUUUUACUCAUUUCAAGAUUUGAGAAGAUUUCCCUUGUCAAGCAAACACUAACUUAAGACAACUUUUUUUUUUCUCUCAAGUAGAAAAUACUUGCUUAAGAUCUUACAUCUUAUAACAAGACUACUGUAAAAUGCUUGUUGUCGAAAGAUCAUGAAACAAUUCAAGGUACAUAUAGUCGUAUGCAGAAAUUUGGGCACUCAUGGUCAAAAAGCCUUUUACAACUAAUAGCUUGGUGAAUAGUAGCAAACCUGACCUCGAAAUGGGACAAAGUUAAACAUUUCUUCACAUCUUAAAGCAAGAUUACUUUUUUCUUUUCAUUUUUACAGUUCCAAAAUAAAAAAAAACAGGAAAAAGGCAAAAGUCCUGUGCAAAAGUUGGGGAACCCUGUCACUUACUACUUUGUAACUCAGGUAACUAUAACAGCUUGCAAACUCUUCCUAUAGCCAGCUAAGAGACUUUCAAUUCUCGCUUUUUCUCCCAUUCUUCCUGGCCGAACACCUCUAGCUCAGAAACAUUCUUCGGCCUCCUUGCAUGUACGGCAUUUCAGAAAAUAUCUCCACAGAUUUUCAAUAAUAUUCAAGUCUGGGGACUGUGGUCACUUCAGAAGCUUUUUGUCUUCUGCCAUGUAGGUCUUUGUUGUUUAAAGUACGUUGUAUUGUUGUCCUGUGAACAGCUUGACCUACGCCUGCUACUUUUGUUUCUGUUUUGCAGUGAUGUGUAGGUUUCUUCUGAGCAUUUCUCACCAGGUCUCAGGCCAUUCUAUCAGAACAUCUUCCAGACCUUGCCUUGACUUCAACUGUUCCAUUUAUCUUCCAUUUUCUAAUAAUUUUACUGACAGUGGAAACAGGCAGUUUGAAGUUUUUUUGUAGCCUUCUCCUUAUUGGUGGAAAUGAACCAUCUUCAUUCUGACAUCCUUGGACUGUUUAGAGGAUCCUGUGGUUGUUACCACCAGAUGUUACUUCAGAAUAAAAAGUUCAACCCUGGAUUUAUAUGACUCAUUGAAGCCCUAACGAGUGAAUCACCUGAGUCACCUUUUGCACAGGGCCCUUUUAUAUUUUUAUAAACAGUAAAAAUAAAAAGCAACCUUGCUUUAAAAUGAGCAGAAAUGCAUCAAGUCUAACUCUGUACCAUGUACAGUUCAGGUUUGGUUCUGUUCUCCAAGAUAUUCAUUGUAAAAGGCUUUUAGACCAGAGGUGCCCACAUUUCUGCAUACAACUGUAGCUAUUAAACUGUUACUGUUUAUAUAAAACCACAGAUGGACCACUCCACAUAUCUCCACAAAUCUGUUCUGGAACAUCCUCCACAACUUGAACAAUUAAUCUAAAGUGCAAGUACCCAGAGGAGCAGUAUGUUUAAAUGAAAUUUAACAGAUAUCAAUGUAAUGUACUUCACUAGCCCUCUGGAACAGGCCUCAGCUGUGAUCUUGUAGAAGCAGCAGCCAGACUAGCUCUUUCAGAUUUACACCACAGCAUCUGCAUUUAUACUGCUUCAUAUGUUCAAUUAACAGCUUACAGGGAGCUGGGAGUCUGGCACACCAUGUUCCCACUCGGCAGACAGCUCCAGUCACAUUAUUACCAAUUAUACCGUUACAGAUGCUUUUAUGUUCCUUUAAUUAAGACUUGGAGCAAAGAACCUUCGUCCAUGGCUGUCCAGUACAUUAGCAACCCCUGGUUUAGGCAUUCAAAAAAAAAAUGUAAAUAAAUUAUGAAGGCUCAUCUGUGCAACAUGGAAGGUUAGCAACAGGGCUAUGAGCGCAGUGAUUCUGCUGUUGAGUUGUGCCCCUUGAAUCCAAGCUGCCACAGUCAGUCUGCAAUAACUCUAUGGUAUAAACACACAGUAGAUUAUGAGAUACUGAGCAAUAAGUACCGGACCUUCAUUCCAUCAAUUCCAUCACAAUAUUCUAUAAUACUCAUCUGGUUGAUAUGUUGCUCGGCCCCUUUAAAGUUCUGUUGUGAAUAAUGUUUAUUUACCACUGCAUGGCUGUAGUUACUGUACUGAAUCUCUUAUGACUGUUUGGACGAGCCCCUCCCGGUCCAUGAUAGUGAACAGAAAGGUUGUGAACCCAAACAGAACAUCCUCACCUCGGAAGCACGGUCACAGCUGUUGGUGUUGGUUUGAGUAUUGGCUGGAUCUAGCAAGGAUGAUGCAGUACCUUCCUGACCUGCACAUGUAUACGGGUGAAGGUUAAUCUCCAUUAUCACUUGAAUUCACUUCAUUGUUAUUCAUAUGCACACAAAAAAAACAGCUCAAUGAGAAAGUCAUGAAAUUCUCCACCAACCAGCCAGUCAGGGGGUUAGGUGUUUUGUUCAAAGAUGGGAACCACACCCAGGACGGGAUCGAACUGGCAACUAUGCCAGACGACUGCCCUUACCUCCUGAGCCAAUGUCACCCCAUUUUCAGCACCAUAUAUGGUAUAUCCCGCUAUUAAAAAAAGGAACACUUAAGUAAACAUAUUAAAGACAUUUUAAAGAUUUUUAACAGUGUGGGCAGGCAAAUGCCAGGGGGCUAUCUCGCCAGUAUACUCUCCUAUCGACCAGCAGCCUCUAAGCUUCUGCUGUCAUCUUCUUUUACAACAAAAGUUGUGUGCUACUUACAGUAAGCUUGGCAAGGUAUCAGAGUAAAAAUACAUUUUGACAUUUUAACUGUAGUCCAGCAACAGUGCCGCUUGACUAAAAUUGCAGAACGUUUGUGAAAGUUAUAUUGUCGCCUGACAUAGACUGUGGUCGUUGUCCUUAGCAGAAAGUAUAAACGCACCACAGUUGCCCAGAAUAUAAACCAAAAGCCACUGUGACCAGCGACAUCUAUUGCAUGUCACCAGUCGCAGCGAUGCUCUGUCGCUGGACGAUACAUUUUUUUGGUAAUUCUGUCGAAGUGGAAUAUUUUGUCUUUAGUAGCCUUUGGCUGGAUUUUUAUCGCCAGAUUUAAUUUGUCCUUGCUUUGAAUGUAGUUGACUGCUUUGGCCAUGAUCACGCUGUCAUCCGAAUCCGUGGUGUGGGUCAACAGGAAUCCUCACAUGGUGGGAAACCUUUUGGGAAAGCCAAGGAAGCUUCAACGCUUUGCGACAGAGGGAUAAAUGCUAUUUAUAUCUCCUGUUUGCCCAGGUUAUGUGUCCUCAGCUGGUCGACAACAAAGCAUAAGUCACCAUGAGAUCCACAUUCACUAAUCCUUCAUAUUCAUAUUCAUCAUGUUCAAAGAUUGAGAAGCAUCCAUGGACUGUCUGCCACCCAUACAUGUAUUCUUGUUCAUGUAAAGACUUGGAUCAAAUGUAAUCAAGGAAAAUUGCAAAGAAGUAAAUACUGAGAAAACGAUAUCCCUCCCAGAAUCCCUUACUGUAGAUAACGUUGGCCAAAUUAGUUUUCGUCAUGAACAUCAACUGCAAUUCAAGUUACCCUUCAGAAACGUGGGGAUAAAAGGUGUCUUGUUCCAGGUGAAGAGACCUUUUGUUGCUGCUGAGCUAUCCGGAGCUUUGCAUUGCCUUCUGAGAAGGCCCUGGUAUCCUGUUGUGAAAAACCUUUGUUCUUACUGAUGAGACCUCUUCUAUUGUUGAUGGAUCACCUCAAGGAGUAAACAUGGAAGCUUCAUCAGCUUCUCGUGUUUCAGGGGAUCGUAAAACACUGUUGCGCUUUCUAUUGAAUGCUCUAGAAUAAAGUUACAUUUCACUUCUUAUGAUCCCACUAUUUCCCACGAAGGAAAUGCAUUAAAUAGUAUAUGGAAAGCAUAUGGCACGUAGACUCUCACUCAAUAUUAAAUGAAAUAUACAUCUAUUUUUGUAACUGGUUGAAUUUAUUUGUAAAUAUUUAAGUAUUUGGUUUGGAUAAGGUAGGAAAAGAAGCUUGGGAUCCUUAAAAGUAAAAUAUUGCUUGGAAAAAUAUUCACUGCGAUUACUCGGGUUGUAGUAAAAGCCGAGGAAAGCCUAGAACCUUCUUUCAUCCUUGUGAAACGAAUGGUUUUCUGAGCUAUUGUAUUCAAUGACAAAAAACAGAAAGCAAAGCAGCUAUUAAACAGAUCAAGAUGUGUCUUUUGUCUCAGUUAGGAGUUCCUAUAUUUUGUUUCACUACAGAAGCUUGUCAUUAAAACUGGCACCUCUCUUAAAAGGAUGGCCUUCACCUCUGUAGAAGUCUUCCUCCGUGCCCAGAUUAAAAUAAAAAAAGCUUAUACUGGGA